AUGAUAUACACUGCAUUAUUUCAUCUCCUUGCCCUAUUUAUCACCCAUGCAGCCUCUUCUGCACAAUACGUGAUUCCGCAUUCACACGAGGUCUGUGUAUCUCAAGACUUUCCAAAUCAGCAUGCUCAGCAAUACCCAACACUUGUUAGCGGGAAUUUGAACGGAACUACAUUGAUCGUGCCCAUACCUAUUGACGUCGCGCGGCGGGUUAUCCCUAAUGAGUAUGGAAUUCUUGAGAAGGCGUACAGAACGCUCCUACCUUCAUUUCCGGAUGGGAUGUAUCCAAUGAUGGCGCAGAUAGUGCACGAUCAUGAUCUCCAAUUACCCGCCUAUAACGCUUCCUUACCAGACUUCUCACGUGCUUCUCUCGAGUUUCCGUUCCUCGAUAUAUUCGACGAUGGUCGCACCCCAUUCCGAUGGGCCGCAACUUUCAUGAUUUCGGCAGAAAACAAUCUUGCCAUUGAGGGAGCAGAGAGCUACGGCGCGGAUGUCUACCCGUCAACUUUUGAUCCGCCAUGUGACGCUUACAAGACCUUACCUAGCGGCAUUACAUAUGCGCAUAGCCGGAGCAACAACAGGACAUGGGAUAGAUAUAUGACCAUAGAGACAGCGCAAUCCAGGGAGAAUGUUCCAUAUCCCUUGGAGUUUGUCAAGAACAUCACCAACCAACCUGUUUUUGCGAACACUCAAGCUUGUGAUUACUACGUAAGACUAUUCAACACGACACUUUCGAGUAACGCAGAGCCAGUUGUGGGGAGUGUAAGCACGAACAUGGAACCUUUUAAAGAACCCCAAGUAUGGAGCGGUGUAUACGGAUGGCGAUUAGCCACUCCAUUUCUAGAACCCCCGAAGGUUUCUGAAUGUAAGCCGGCGACAUAA